CGUUUCCCGUCGUCUGGAUUUGGGAGCCCGCGGGAGAAGGCUCGUCUUGGGGCGACGCGAGAGAGAGGAGGGGAGAGGAGAAGGGAGGGAAGGCGGAAGGAUCCGUGCGUGCGGGUGGCAGGCGGCGGCGUGAGGAGGGAGAAGGCGCCCGAGAGGGGCUGAGGCGGUGCCUGCGGGUCGGGGGGCUCCCCCCUCGGCCCGUCCUUUGGCAGAGAGAUGGAAAAUCUGAUGGCUAGUUCAACCCUCCCCCCACUGUUUGCAGACGAUGAUGGCUCCAAAGAGAGCAGCGAUAUGGCCACGACUGGGCUCUCCCACCCAGAGGCUCCAUACAGUGGAGGAGCCUCCCAGUCCUCGAACAAUCCGGACUUUGUGGAGGACCUAACGCAGGUCCCAUUACUCCAAAACGAGUCUUCAAAUACAGCAGAGAGUAGCGAACAGAGGCAUGAGGAGGAGCAAAGAAAUAAACGGGGAGGUUGGUCCAAAGGAAGAAAGCGGAAGAAGCCUCUCCGAGACAGCAACGCUCCCAAAUCUCCCCUCACGGGGUACGUGCGGUUCAUGAAUGAGAGACGGGAGCAGCUUCGAGCCAAGAGACCCGAAGUCCCGUUUCCAGAAAUCACCCGGAUGCUGGGCAAUGAAUGGAGCAAACUGCCCCCUGAGGAGAAACAGCGCUACCUCGACGAGGCUGACCGAGAUAAGGAGCGUUACAUGAAAGAGCUGGAGCAGUAUCAGAAGACCGAAGCCUACAAAGUCUUCAGCAGAAAAGCCCAGGACAGACAGAAAGGCAAACCCCACCGGCAAGGAACCCGACAGGCUGCUCACGAGCAUGAGAAGGAAGUGGAGGUGAAGGAGAGAUCUGUUUUUGAUAUCCCAAUCUUCACAGAGGAGUUCCUGAACCACAGUAAAGCUCGGGAGGCGGAGCUGCGUCAAUUGCGCAAGUCCAACAUGGAGUUUGAGGAGAGGAACGCCGCCCUGCAGAAGCACGUGGAGAGCAUGCGCACGGCGGUGGAGAAGCUGGAGGUGGAUGUGAUACAGGAGCGGAGCCGGAAUACCGUGCUGCAGCAGCACCUGGAAACCUUGCGGCAGGCCCUCGCCAGCAGUUUCGCCGGCGUGCCCUUACCGGGCAGUGGAGAGACACCCACAGUGGACACCAUUGACUCGUACAUGAACAGAUUGCACAAUAUCAUUCUAGCUAAUCCCCAGGACAACGAGAACCUCAUAGCCACAGUCCGAGAGGUGGUGAACCGGCUUGAUCGCUAGUGACUGGCCCUGCAGCUCCAAGGUGCUCUACAAGGAACUCUGCCAGUGAGGAAGGAGAAGCCAUGAUGGAAAUAGACUGGGUGGGGCGGGAGGGGCAUCCGGCCCCACUGAGGGAUGCAUGUGGGUCGUUCCCAGGGAGUGAACUGUCGGCGCAAUAAACUCCGCACCCCUGGAAGCCGUGGAAGGGACAUCGGGGGUGUCCGAACGUACGGCGAA